ACGCACAAUCUGCCGGAGAGCGAUCAGUAGCGAACAAGCGAACGCGUCUGUUAAAACAUUUUGGAGCAGUUUGAACUAAGGUCGUGAACGAAAGCAUAAGAUGGCAAAGUUUCUGAUGUCUUCCCUGUUUCUGGUGAUCGCCAUCGUCGCGAUGGUUAGCGCACAAGGCGGACACGGUGGCCACAAUGAUGGACACGGACAUGGCGGAUUUGGUGGCCAGGGACACAAUGGUGGUGGCCAGCACGGAGGCUUUGGCGGUGGACAGCACGGAGGCUUUGGCGGUGGCCAGCACGGCGUUGGCGGUGGACACCAGGGAGGCUUUGGCGGUGGCCAUGGACAGAAGAACGUGCACGGAGGUGGUGGCCAGCACGGAGGACACGGCCAGGGCUUCGGAGGACACGGCCAGGUCGGUGGUCACGGACACGGCCAACAGCAUGGUCAUGGUGGAUACAAGUCUCACGGCUACUGAAUGAGUAAAGUUUAGGUUUGGUGUGUUUUCUAAGGGAUAAAAUAAAUUGUGAUUUGAGUGUA